AUGGCUCAGCCGGUACAUGCCCUGUGGGGUCUCCCUGAGAAGAAGACGAAGGGCACGCCACCAAAGUGCUUUAACAUUGCGUCUCGGGUACAGAAGAGCAGCAUCGAGCAGCCGCUGAGCUGCCGUGUUCAUCCCGUGACGGUUCUGAAGAUCCUGGACGCCUACGUCCGGCGACCUGCGGGUGCCACGCGCACCAUCGGCACCCUGCUGGGAUGGAUCAGCGAGGGCAGCGCGGUAGACAUCACUGACAGCUUCCCCGUGCCCCACAAGGACACAGAGGAAGGCGUCGCCAUCGACCAGGACUACCACAAGUCCAUGCUCGAGCUUAGACAGAAGGUGUCCCCGCGCGAGGUUGUGGUUGGCUGGUUCUCCACCGGCGAUGAGAUCAACGCCACCUCGGCCGUGAUCCACGCGUUCUACUGCAAGAAGGAGUCCUCGCAGUUCAACCCAACCGCGGUGCUUCCGGGACCCUUGCACCUCCUCAUCGACACCUCGCUGAAUCAACAGUCCUUCGGGGAGUCCUUCGGCCUGAAGACUUUCGUGAACGUUCGAACGUCUGUUGCCGAGAGCCUCCUGCAAUUCCACGAGGUGCCUUUGCGGGUGCAGACGUCCGCGGCGGAAAA